ACGUAACUUUAAACACUCCUCAAAAUGUUCAAACGGGUUCAACUAUUACAAUUAGUUGGAAUCUUACUGGUACUCAAGACUCCAAUGCCGAGUUAGGAAUAAUUAAUGUAGACACUUCAGCUUCUACAACGAUAAACGCUAGCGUGGACCUUUCGCAGAGAAGAGAAACCUGGGUUGUCACUGUUGAUCCUGGAAAAUACAAAUGUUAUAUAAAAAAUGACGAUACUAUGAAUACUGUAUAUUCUGAUGUUUUUACUAUCGAAUAUGCUAGUUUGGAUGAUAGCAAUAAUAGUUCGAGCAGUAGUAAUACGGGCACUAAUAUAGAACUAGUAUUGGCUGUAUUGGCUUUUUCAUUAAUUGGUGUUACUAUUAUUCUUUUCGCUGUAUUCGGAAUGUACAAAGCGAAGAAAGAACCACACAUAUUUUUAAUAGUAUACAUAUUGGCAUUCGUCCUUCCUCCGCUAGCUGUUUAUAUAAGUUUAAACCAUAGAAAUCGCGGUAAAUGGGUUAAGGUGGGGUUAAAUUCAAUCGGCUGUCUCGCCUACGUUCCUGGCGUACUUCAUGCCCUUUAUUGGGUAUUUAUGACUUUUACUGUUGAGGAAACUAAUGAGACUGGUAAUUAA